CUACGCUUUUGGGAUCGUCGCCGCCAUCGUCAAGACCGCCUCAAGAUGGGUAUCUCGCGCUCCUCAAGGCACAAGCGCUCGGCCUCCGGAGCCGCCCCGAUCCCUUUCCGCAAAAAGAGAAAGUUCGAGCUCGGUCGCCAGGCUGCGAACACCAAGCUCGGUGCGAAGCGCGUCCGCACUGUGCGUACCCGCGGUGGCAACCAGAAGUUCCGUGCCCUUCGUCUGGACACGGGCAACUUCGCCUGGGGCUCGGAGCAUGUUACGCGCAAGACUCGUCUGAUCGGUGUCGUCUACAACGCAUCGAACAACGAGCUUGUCCGUACAAACACCCUUGUCAAGAGCGCGAUCGUUCAGGUCGAUGCCACCCCCUUCCGUCAGUGGUACGAGGCGCACUAUGCCCAGCCCGUGACCAAGAAGGGCAAGCAGCACGCCCCGGCACCUGAGGCUGAGGACAAGAAGCUGUCCAACCACGUCCAGCGCAAGCUCACCGAGCGCAAGAAGGACGCCAAGAUCGACCCCCUUCUUGAGAGCCAGUUUGCCGCUGGUCGUCUCUACGCUGCGAUCUCCAGCCGGCCAGGCCAGUCCGGCCGCGCUGAUGGCUACAUCCUCGAGGGCCAGGAGCUCGAGUUCUACGUCCGCAAGCUCCGUGCUGGCAAGCAGAAGCACGCCCACAACGCGUAGGCGUAUCGUGGCAUUGUACUUCUUACUAUGACGAGCAGGGCACUAUGGAAUGAUGGGGUACAAAAUUUAGCACUCGACUUGCACUCAUCACCCUCUGUAUGAUCCAUGAUUAUUACCCUAUGCACCUUCCAUGCCUC